AAAAAGGCAAUUGAGCUCGCUGGGGACAUCGAUAACAUUAUCACUGAUCGUGCUCUUGAUGGAUACCUCAUGUGUGUCAAGAAUAAGUCCAAAACAGGAACAAGGAAGAGCAGUCACAAGUACUUUUUACCAUGUGAAGAAAUGAGACGUGCAUGGCUAUCACAGGACAUGACCUAUGAUGAGACAAGAAAUAAUGGCUGCAAGUUAAGUGACAUGAAAAAGUUGAGAGAUACGGCUGAAGACUUUCGCUUCAAAAACCUGGACAAGGCUACAACCAAGAAAAUCAUCAACUGCGUCGAUUAUUGGGUUUUUAGGACCAAGGACAUUCAAAAUUCGGUCACCAAAUACCAGAACAAGAAGUUGGCUGUUGACAUUAAGAACGAUAGACAUGGUUGGUUCAAGUGGGACCCGAUCAGAGCUUACAGGGAAAAAAUGGGAGCUGCACAAGACUUCAAUAAGUACGGAGGGAUCAGGAGGAAUCUCAAACUGCACAGUGGUAUGGUUUCUAGGCAGCUGGGAAGCAAACUGGCUCCCCUUUACAAGAUUGGACAAGCCAGUUUCGAAGAAAUGAUUGCUUUUGGGGUUGGAUUGGAAGUAAAGGACCACAACUAUGGUGCAAGAUUCGGGGCCUAUGGUCAAGUAGGUUCGCUGGGGUUCCCCCAGGAUUGGACCUUUGAAGAAGCUUUUCAAUGUGGGACUUUGGAGAGAUAA